AUGCAACGCAUGUACCGUGGCCACGUCGCUCGACGCCGCGUGCAGCCGCUCAUUGACGUCCGCGUGAAUACGCUCGUCCAGUCGCUGCCACCGGACUUUGUUGUCGCGCCAGCCAUACUGCGCAGUCGAGGGACGCAGGCGAUGGCGCAGCUCGAGCUCCAAGUUCAAAAAUGGCGCGGACGAAAUGCGAUGACGCUCCAGCGAGUCUACCGCGGUCACAUGGGCCGUCGCACGGCCAAGCGCGUGCGCAUCGAUUGGUGCCACCUUCUUUGCGUGCUCAACCGGCCUGCCCGCUGGGCUCGAAAACGACACGCAGGUGUUACCAAAGCCUUUUUAGCGUGGAAAGGGAUUGCCCGCGCGCUCCAGCACGUCCACUUGCUUCGGUCGUCGGCGCGGCUUCGGCAACUUGCCCAGUGGCAUUUUGAAAAAGUGCUGCGCAAGAAAACGCUUUGUCGGUGGCGAAGUGGUCUGGUGCGGCAGCGCGAGAUGCGCUUCAAGAAGCACAAAGCACAGUCCUUUGCGUUGCGCUCGCGACAAACCAAGGUCUUCCAGCGCCUAUAUGACCAUGUUCUUGCCGACAUCGUCCACAAGAGGGUAUGGACGAUGCAGCGCAAGGUGACGUUUGUCUAUGCGUGGCGCCGCCACACAGCGCAGAUGCGACACGUCCGGGCCAUGGAGAAGCGGCAUCACGCACGGCUUGUGGUCGCCAGUUUGGACCAAUGGCGCUCGGUGUACGUCUAUGACCACCUUGUGCAAGGCCUAGCGCGGCGCCAGCGCGAAGCGUCAUCGCUGCGGUCGCACCUGGCCGCCCUGCACGCGUACGUCGUUCGGCAACAUGCUGUUGCUGCGCAAUGGCGCCGACGUGGCCUGCAGCGCGGCCUUUCCCAAUGGGUCACGGCGCGCGCGUGGACGCGGUUGAGCAACGACCAAGGCGCGCGGGCCAAUCGGUUUCGCGUGCGCCAUCUUGUGCGUCGGUGGCAGCAACUGCGCAGUAUUCAGGAAGCCGCGGCGGCGCUCCGCACCAAGGUCGAUGCAUUUGCGCAAGGGCAUGGACAGAUGCGCGCGCUCGUGAGCUGGAUCGUGCACACGGACGAAGCGCGCGCGUACCACGUGCUGUAUACACAAGCACAGAGUCUCUUCAAGCGUACGCACGUCGCGAAAGCAUUUGCCGAGUGGUUUCAGCUCUGGGCCGAGACGGCCGGCGAACGCCGCAUAUACUUUGCAAGGCUUCUCCAGCGUCUCUGGCGCGGCAAGCUCGGUCGGCGCCGCUUUGCGCAAGCCCGCGCGUUGGAAGACUACAAGGUGGCGCGCCGCAUCGAACUGGGCACGGACAUUCCGCAACUGGCGCCGGACGCGAUGCAGGCACUGGUGACACCGGCCGUGAGCGGGAAGGAGUGGGUGCUACUGCUCGCCUACUUGCCGUGGACUGCGCCGUCCCCGCGCAUGUCCAAAGCGUUUGCAACUGUCGCAACGUCGUACUAUAAGAACAAACGCAUCGCCUUUGGCUGCAUCGACGCCACGCAGCGGCACGCAUCGAAAAGCAUCGCGGCCAAGUACCAGCUCGAGGACGCGAAGCUGCCGCGGUUGCUUGUCUUUUGGCAAGGGCGCGGACCCGAGACGCCGACGCAGCGGGAUCCUGCGAACCGUACUACGCGCCGGUUCACCGCCGUCAGCUUGCACUACCCGCAUCCGCUUUUGCAAACACACGAGCUCCACGCGUGGGUUCAAAGCCUUUUAUCGCAUAGCCGCGAGCAGACGGCGAUUGAUCUCCAAGCCGAUUGGCGCCGGUUCCUCGUGCGGCUUCGGCGCUACUACCGGCGUCAGAGCUGCCGACGCAACGCCACGGUGCGCAUCGUGGUCUGGUUUGUCCAGCGUCGUCGGGCGCGUCGGCGCCGGAACGCGACCAAGCUCCAGCGCUGGUACCGCCGACGCAAGGAACAAGUCGCUGCCUACGCACGCGUCGUGGCGUCGAUGGCCGCGUACCGCAGGCCGAUCGUAGCCUUUCAACGCACCCUUCGGCGCCACUACUGCCGGCGUCAGUUUCGUCGGGCCAUGGAUGAGAAAUACGCUACCGUCGACAAGUACCCCCACGCGCCGCUGUGCUUGACGUGCGAGCGCGCGGUUGGCGUGCUCAAAUGCAUCGACUGCCACGAGCCGUACUGCGAUGCGUGCUUUGGCGUUUACCACGGCAGCGGCCAUCGCGCCAGCCAUCGGAGCAAGAUGAUCGACUUUAUAGCGAUGCACGCCAACGACCCCAUGUGCGCCGAGUGCUACGUGGACCGGCCCCAGCGUGUCUGCAAGGGUUGUAAAAAAGGUCUCUGCGGUCACUGCCACAACAAGACGCACACCAUGGCGUCGGGCUUGCAGAAGCACGUGUACACCCGAACGCGCGUGCUCUUGAAGACGUUCGAGCGCGCCCAUCCGACGACCACCAAGUCGAGUAAGGCGACGCACCUCAAACUCCAGAAAAAGCGAGCACAUCUGCUUCUGACCGAGACGGCCCACGAGAUCAUGCUCUCUCAACACUGGAUGUCAUUCACCCAAAGAGAAGCGGCGCGUGUCGCGACAGAGGCGGCGGCCAAAAAAGAAGCCGACCGAGCGGCAGCGCUGGCGCAUGCAAUGGCGCAGUUGGAACAGCCCGUGCUCGAUGCGUUUGAGAUCUACGACCCCGACCACGGUGGGUACGUCGGGGCCGGCGAGCUCGCCAUGCUGUUGCGCAACGAGCUUUGCAUUCCACUGACCAAGAAACAGCUCGCCAUUGGCAUGCGUGCCAUUGACCAAGAUGGCAACGGCCGAUUCGAGUGGCGCGAGAUCUGUGCCUGGCUGGCUGAAAUUGUUGUCGACCACAAAGUCGAUGGUCGUCUCGAUGCGCUUCGCCGCAAGAAGCUUCACGCUCAAAAGAACUAUCGCGAUCUGCAACGCAACAUCCGUAAAUGGAAGCGUGGGGUGUUCCCGGCGCGCAAGAAGCGCGUGCGCACGGUGCCGGGCUUCCCCGACGUGCCCCGAUUGCACCCUGUCGACGACUUUCAGGGCAAAAAAACAGUCUUUUACCGCUUCAUCAGCUCGGAAUUCGGCAUGAAAUGGAUCCUCGAAGAUGUCCACGAGAUCGACUUGGCCAACCAAAUGGCGGUGUUUGCGUCGACAUUUGUGCCGCGCUGGAAUAGCGGGCAACUCGGGUUCGAGUACUUUUACGACGGCGUGACGUUCGAGUACGACAAUGCGAUUUGGAAACAAGUGUGGCGAGAGGCGGCGCACAAAUACUCGUUUAUCAACGUUGCCGAUGGCAGCGAGCACUUUGCCGACCCGCGCAAGGUCGAGAGGCUCUUUGCACAAGCCCGCGAAGCCUUCGGAGAGGUCGAUACGGAUGGAUCGGGUCAAAUCGACGUCCUCGAGCUCUACCAUUUACUCAAUCACAACCUCUGUGAGCCCGUUACGAUGGACCAAGCGCGCGCAAUAAUGGAAAGCAUUGAUAAAGACGGAAGUGGCGCCAUUGAUUUCAACGAAUUUUACACGUGGUACGCAUCGGAAAACAGCCAGCAAUGCCCCAAGUCGAUCAAGCACCGCGGGCUCCAGACCGCGCUUCGCACGCGACGUCAUGCCCAGCGCAUCGUCACGACCAGCUACAAGAAAGGGCUCGCGACGAGCAAGUCGGUCGUUCAAUCCGUCCAGAACCGUGUCGAAGCGCAGCGUCUCGCCAAGGCAUGCGAAGGCGCAGACCCAGAAAUGGUCGAGCUUCUCAUCGAGGGGUUUGACAAACCGAUGGUUCACAAAGCGCUCAUGCUGGCACAAAACGACGUCAACAAGGCGCGGGCGUGGCUGCAGCAACGCAAGGAAGAGGUCGAGCUCGACGCAAAACGGCGAAAAGAAGCGUGCCAGAAGCGACGCGACGCCCAGCUGCGAGGGCUGCACGCAGCUCAUUCGACGGCGAAAGCUGGCCUCCUCAGUGUCGCGAAAUCCAUCAAAUUGCUCAUUCUUGGUGACAAGCCCAACCACGACGACGAGGUGGCGAUGAUUCUACGCGACUUGCAACUCGAAGUCAACCGCGCGGAAGGCAUCGUGCGAGACACGAUCGAGAACAGCUGACGUCCGUGCAUGGGGCUAGGGUAUCCGG